ACACUUCCCCAGCACAACGGUACACGAAACCCUGCAACCAGCGCAGCCCUUCCCUCCGUCGGCCGUACAGAUACCAUGGCUCAGCCCAGAUUUGCUAAGCAUGCUCUUAACUUUAAUGUUUUAGCAGAAUGCUCCAAGAGCAAAGCCAGGAUUAGCCGACUGGAGCUUCCUCACCACACUGUGGAUACACCUGUCUUCAUGCCUGUUGGAACACAGGGCACACUAAAAGGCCUGAUUCCAGAGCAGCUGUCAGACCUGGAUUGCCAAAUUAUGCUGGGCAACACAUACCACCUGGGCACCAGACCAGGGCCAGAGAUCUUGAAAAAGAUGGGUGGUCUUCAUGGCUUCAUGGGUUGGCCUCGGGCCCUUCUGACCGACUCGGGCGGCUUCCAAAUGGUGUCUCUUCUGGAGCUGGCGGAGAUCACGGAGGAGGGUGUCAAGUUCCGGUCGCCGUAUGACGGCUCGGAGUGCAUGCUGACGCCCGAGCACUCGAUGGCGAUCCAGAACGCCAUCGGCGCCGACAUCAUGAUGCAGCUGGAUGACGUGGUGCACUCGGCCACCGUCGGCCCCCGGGUGGAGGAAGCCAUGCACAGGACCACGCGCUGGCUGGACCGGUGCCUCGCGGCGCACGGCCGGCCGCGCCAGCAGAACCUGUUUCCGAUCGUGCAGGGCGGCCUGGACCCGGCGCUGCGGCGCCAGAGUGUUGGCCAGCUGACGCAGCGCGACGUGGCUGGCUUCGCCAUUGGCGGUCUCAGUGGCGGCGAGUCCAAGGCGCAGUUCUGGCGGAUGGUGACGCUGUCGACGGACGGCCUGCCGCGCGACAAGCCGCGCUACCUGAUGGGCGUCGGCGUUGCCACCGACCUGGUGGUCUGCUGCGCGCUCGGCUGCGACAUGUUCGACUGCGUGUACCCCACCCGGACAGCGCGGUUCGGCUGCGCGCUGUACAAGGGCGACCAGAUCAACCUGAAGCAGCGGGUGUACGAACGUGACUUCCGCCCAGUGGAUGAGCACUGUCCGUGCAGCACGUGCGCCCGCUUCACGCGGGCUUACCUGCACUCGGUGGUGACGGUGGAGACGGCUGCCUGUCACCUGCUCACCGUGCAUAACGUCACCUACCAGCUCCGGCUAAUGAAAGCAUUACGGGAAAGCAUCAAAGAAGACAGGUUUCCUCAGUUCGUGCACGACUUCAUGAAGGAGACGUACAAGGACGGGCUGUACCCGGAGUGGGCGGUCGAGGCCCUGGCAUCUGUCAACAUCCAAUUAUGACGUGAUCAUCGUGGCGUGGGCGGUCGAGGCCCUGGCAUCUGUCAACAUCCAAUUAUGACGUGAUCAUCGUGGCGUGGGCGGUCGAGGCCCUGGCAUCUGUCAACAUCCAAUUAUGACGUGAUCAUCGUGGCGUGGCACAAGCUGUGACUGUGAUCUCGCUAUUACAUGGGACCAAAGACGUGACGCGUUUGCAAGAAAUGAAAGUACGUCGUUCGCGCGCCAUGUCGCGACAUCUCGCGCCAUGCACAACCAUCGAACUACUUCAUUGCGCCAUAUUUUUGUUCAUUGG